AUGCACACAGCCAACAACACAGGGCGCGCCCCCGACGAGGUGGACCUACACGGACUGCACGUCUCAGAGGCCAUCUCGCGCGCCGACGGGGCCAUCCGGCAGGCGCGGGCGCGCGGCGCGCCGCGGCUCGUGUUCAUAGUGGGCAAGGGCCUGCACAGCGAGGGCGGCGUCGCCAGGCUGCGGCCGGCAAUAGAAAGGCAGCUCGUGACGAAGCACUCCCUGCGCGUCACGCCGGGCGUCCCGAAUGAGGGCUGCCUGCUGGUGGAGCUCGUGGAGCCCAGCCAAGCCGGCUGGUUUGAGCGCAUCGUCACAGGCUGCGUCAUCUGCUGA